CAGCCGCCUAAGCUGGCUGCCCCUGGGCUGGAGUAGUGGUCUAGUGGAGUUAGUAUUGGGCGAGCUGUGGUAUUGAGUGGACACUGGUGCUCCUCGCCUCACAGCAACACGGGCGUUGACCUCACUUAAUAUGGCCGCCACGCUCCGACAAGUAGGACCCACUGACCAAAAUGCCACCACGGCAGAGAUAGACAAACAAUUAUCAGAUGACCUGAUAGAGAGCCUGAUCGACGCCAGCCUCGGGGCACGACAGAACUCCUACAGCCCAUACAGCAAGUUCCCUGUAGGUGCCGCCCUCUUGGCACAUGAUGGCACUGUUAUCACCGGAUGUAAUGUGGAGAAUGUCUCUUACGGCCUCACUGUGUGUGCUGAGAGAACGGCUGUGUGCAGGGCAGUAGUAAAAGGCCACCGUAAAUUCAAGGCAAUAGUCAUCACCGCAGAGAUGGGAGAUAGAUUUGUGGGUCCGUGUGGUGUGUGCAGGCAGACACUGGCUGAAUUUGGGUUAGACUGGGAGGUAUACCUGUCCAUGCCUAACAAACAGUACAUGAAGACCACUGUGGGCAGACUGCUACCUGACAGUUUCAGUCCUGAAUGGGUUACUUUGGGCAAUCCUGCAUAGGAUUAGACCAGUCCCAAGUUUUGCUGCCUCUGGCUCAUACCUAUUCUACCAUACUUGCAAGUGAAAUGUAACCCUCGAUUAUCUAGCUAAUGUGUGAGACUGGAAACUCUGCUUAAGGCCUGCUACCCAGGGAUGUAGUUUGGAUCAGUAAACGAUAUUAUUGUCAAUGUAGACUCUACAUUGUAGAGUUUCCAAAGCACUAUUAACUAAUUCUUGGAUUAAUAUUCAUACACCAGCCUGUGUAUUUGCUAAAGCAUUUUAAGUUACCAUGCAGGUAAAUGUGCAGGUUUUAUCUCUCGUGACGUUGAGAAAACAAACAUACAAUUCACUAUUUCAAACAUGUUUUAUAUUUUUUAUUUUAGGGAGGGGGCAACAAAAGACACAGUUAGUUAGUUAGUCUGGGGUCUGAUGGGAGUGAUGGGUUUACAAGGUAAAAUAUUACAGACUAGUGUAUUUUAGUGUUUGAGGUCAAGGAUUUAGUACCUCAGUAGUGUUUAUAUACUGUAAUCUUAAAAUAUAUUUUUUUAAAUCAUUGGACUGUAUACAGUAUUACAGUUGCAUAAAGCUCAAGUGUAGCACUAUAAUAUGUUUUAUGAAGAGUUCUCACAGCAGUUUAUAUCACAAGAAUAUCAAGCUGACUUGCAGGAAUUUCAUGUUUUAAUAAUUUUAUCCAAAGAAAAUGUUUUCUUGUUCGUGUAAAAAUAAUUGUUUUAAUACUUAAAAAAGCCAACCUAGCUGAUUUAACCUGAAGACUUAUACAAUGACAAGAUAGCCAAAAGAGUCACUUUCUUAGCAUUCACUAAAAAUCAGCACCAGUCCUACCACUUCUUUAGUUCCCAUUUAACCCCUUUGCUAUGGGGACGUUACUUUUAAUAUUUUAUUUGGCAAACACCAGACAAUUUUAUUCACCUCAGAAGGGGUUUAAUGCCAAUGACUUCAUCACAAGUUCAUUAGUGAAGUGAUAGUUGUCCUUAAUUGUCACCUCAAUUUUCAACAGGUCGUUUCUUAAAAUCCUGAAAAGCUCUUAAAUACUGUAGUUUAUCAUAAAUGACAUCACAAAGUGCUGCCAUUGCUGAAAACUGGCUUGUUUUUUAAUUAGAUUCCUGCCUCAAAUUCUAUAAUGUCAAAACAGCACAUGCAACAAUUGCCAAUAAUUUUUAAUUGUCACACCUUUACAGUGCAGGUAUUUUGUAAAUAUGGAAGUCUGAGGAGCUUCUCUCUCUCCACAAUAAAUAAGUCAUAUAAUUCAUCAUAAGAUACUCAAGGAAAUUAUUUUCUGCAAAAACCUUUGACAUCCAUAAAUAAUUAGUAAUGUGAUACGUGAUAUUCAACAUUAAAUUCCAAUUAUUGUAUUGCAAUACCACUGAAGUGCUACACAAGGAAAAUUCUCAGUUGUGGGGCACUUGACCCCAUCCUCCCAAGUACUGCACAGUAGUAACAUGCCCUUCUCAUUUUACCAUCAUAAGGAAAAUAUACCUGUAGUGUAAUAAGUUAAAAAUUCCAUGAUCUAUCAUUAACAUCAAAGAAGGAAUAAAUCAUUGAGUUCAGCAUAAUGGACUGGGUUGCCACUCAAAAAUUCCAGUUCAUUAUGGGAGGAUGCUUGUGUGCAGAUCGAUGGGCAGCAUGCCCACACAGUACAGUGAUAUCCCCAUUAUCUGAAAUACAGUAAUUGGUGCAAAGUGGUCCUGGAAUUGAGAGAUUUCCAGGAAAAAUUUUCUCUUCCCUGGAAAAAAUUGAUUAAUUUUCUUGGAUUAAACAUUUAAGAGUUCCAAUUGGGUAUUUUUUAUCAACGUAAAUUCAUAUAUAUAUUUUUAUUACAACAUUUAUCUAAUAAACCUACCUUCUUACGGAGAACUCCAGUCUCAAAUACCAAUUUACAAUAACUAACAAAUUAAAAAUUACCUGUGGGUGUAUUGAGUACAGUACCAUUCUCGGAUUUCAUGCGCGGACCUGUCAGUGAGGUAUUGUAGUGUUCUCAGAGGUACUGGAUUUCAUCACACCAAUCCCAUGCAGAGUUAACACUGAUGCUUAAUUUCAAAGUUUUUGUGCCUUAAUGGAUGAUGGAUUUCAACUCUGGCUGCUGUAAAAAUAAACAUAUCAGUGAUCAACACUGCACACAAAUACCUUCAAAUUCAUAAAGGAAAGAAACACAACAACUUUAAUAAUAAACUUCAUUUUGUGUUAGACACUAAUCUUAUAUUCCAGGUACAUCAUAUUAUCAUAUUCUUGAAUAAUAUAUUUAAGUUUCUUAAUCACAGCCUUAAUGUCGUCCUUUUUAAUAUCACAGUGCACCAUUAGUCGGGCAGUUGUUUCUGUGAUUGGCAACAUCAUUACAACUAUCUGUUCACCCAACUCUUCUGACUCUGCAUCAGUCACCUGUAAGGAGAGAAAAAAUAAUUCACAAUUUCUGGUCAUUGUUAAUACAAAAUAUGACAAUUUCAUGUAAGAUCAACCUCCUGAUAUUAGGUGUUUCAAGAUCUACUGACAAUAAAACAUGUAAUCUAUACAGAGAAGGAACUUCAGACAAGAACAACUUAUUUACUUUAUGGUGAGACACAACAUGAGUUGUGCCUGAUAAUGACUGAUGCCAAAAUGUUUUGGCUAAUGUUUAGUUCUAUACCGUAUGGAUGAAUAAAACCAUAUAAAGGAUAACAUUUGAGAAGCUUGGGAAUGAAAGCUACUGUAAACAGCAUUGAACAUGAUAGUUAGUCUUCUGGAAUGGAAAACAGGCCAACCAUUUCAUCAAAGAUUCCUGUUUAUAUAAUGUUUGUAUACUUACUGAUGCUAGUCUUUGGCAAAGUUUCUUGGCAUUAACUCUAAUGUUAUCACAGUGAAGCAAGACAACAUUGGUCUGAACUCCCUUGAGGUCAACUGUAAUGGCACUACUAUGUUCUUCUGACACACCUGUGAAUAAAAAAAAAAUAUGUA